AUGGGCAUGGGCUGCCUCCACCAGCGGCUCGGCCGCACGCGUGCUCUGCCGUUCGUGAGGAGGUUCAAGCCGAGCGAGAUCGAGGCGGCCACCAGAGGCUUCAGCACGGCCCUCGAGACCGGCGGGCCUCGCGGCACGGCGUACCGCGCCCGCUUCGCUGAUGGCCUCGUCGCCACGGUGCGCCGUGCGGGCAGCGGCGACCCGGACCAGGAAGGGCAGGAGGGCGCCUUCUACCGGGAGCUGCAGCUGCUCGGCCGCCUCAACCACCGACACGUCGUCAGGCUCCGCGGCUUCUCAGAAGGACACAACAGGUUUCUGGUGUUUGAUCAGAUGGAGAACAGGAGCCUGAAAGAAUGCCUCCACGAUCCUCUUAGGACGCCACUCAACUGGAGGACCCGGUUGCAGGUUGCCAUAGAUGUCGCAGCAGCCCUGGAGUAUCUCUACUACUUCUGCGACCCUCCGGUGUUCCACGUGACGGUGAACUCGAGCAACGUGAUGAUGGAUGCUGAUUUCGUCGCCAAGUUUCAGCUAUCGAACGUCAGUGUCGUCGGUCACGACUCUUCCGAAGGAUCCCACGCCGAAGAGCGAAUUCAGCAGAGGCGGACGGAGCUGGUGUUCCAGUACGGCGUGUUGCUCCUGGAGCUCGUCACCGGACAGUCGCCCGGGGGCGGCGACGGCGAGCUCGUGCGGUGGGUGCAGGAGCCAGGGUUCGCCGGAUCCAUGCAGAGGAUGGUGGACGCGGAUCUCGGGGGCACCUACGACGACGGCGAGCUCCGGGACCUCGUGAUAGUCGCGAGGCUCUGCACUAGGCCUGGCAGCGGCACCGCCGUUGUCUCGAUCCCACAGGUACUCCGCUACUUGCAGGGGAAGGUGGGUGACAAAAACAGAUGA